AUGGAAGAUCCUCAAGAAGUCCAGGAAGAGCAGUUUUCAGGAGAGGAAGAGGGAGAGUACUACGAAGGGGAAGAAGGCGACUACGCUGAAGAAGGAGAGUAUGGUGAAGAAGGAGAAUAUGCUGAAGAGGAAGGAGACUAUAUGGAGCAAGAAGGCCAGCAAAGAGAAUACUCAGGGGAAUAUGGAGAGGAAGAAGAAGGGUCGCCGUAUCAGUAUGCAGAAGAAGGUGGAGAGGAAAGAAAUGAAGAAGAAGAGAAUGAGUUCGACGAUGACGAUAUCAAUUUUGACGAAAUCCCUGCAUAUAAAAACCUCCCUCCACUUGAUCCACUUCGAAAAGUUCGAAGGGAGUUACUAAGGGCCAUCAAUAAUACUCGGCAAGAAGACGGGGUGGGCCUAGAAGAAAUCACUUUAGACUUGCUAACCACAGAAUCGCUUCAAGAGUACACCAAAUACGUGCUAGAAGAGGAAGAAGACUCAGAUGUUUUAGAAAAAAUCAUUAGUGAAGGAAAAGGGGUUGGAAAAUUCAGCUCAUGCACAGCUAUCACUUUUUUGGAGGAAGAAACAACUGAUACUAAACAUCUAAUCGAACCGUUUGUGGACGCCCACGGCUUGCUUGUAGAGCUUAAAAGAAGUUUGAUUCUGGACCCUGGCGUAAAUCACGUUGGUAUUGGAGUUGCAGCAAAAGAUCUCAGACUUGUGCUUGUUUAUGCUUUUAGCCACAAAGGAGUGCAAAUAACUGAAAUCAAUAAAAAAGACUCAGGGAUCUACGUAAGAGGACUCAUGAAAAGAGCCAAUAUUGGAGUCUACGCCUUGAGAGUUGUAGAUGCCCAAAACUUAAAAGAAAAAGCCAUAGUCAGCCCAUCUCAAAUAGAAUUCGACGUCAGUAACCAAGAAUUCACCAUUUCCUUUAACUUCCCUGAAGGCAUACAGUAUGAUGCAGAAGGUAAAGGCCUGAAUUAUGUCGAAAUCUAUGUAAGAGGCAACCCAAACACGAUCCCUUAUGGAGUUGAGUCCAACGAAAAGGUAAAAGUAGACCAUUUAGAGCUCGUCCAAAGAAUGAGGCUUGAAAUCUUCCCAGACCCUCGCCACUUAUACGAAGAAGCAAAAUCAGGAGAAAGAAAAGCCAUGCUUCAGCAGAGACAAAAAGAAUACGAAGAAGAAAAGAGAAAGGUAGAAAACGUCGAAGCGAACCAACGAUAUAUUACUAGAGAGCAGCAGCGAAAAGAGCUCCAAGAGCUGGAAAAACUUAGAAUUGCCCAAGAGAAUGAGCCACCUCAGAGUGCUACAUCUUCAGUAGCUCGAGGAUCUCAGCAAAAGCUCAGUGGUUCUCAAGUCCUCACCCCAGAAGCAAAAGGAUCAGUAGUAUCAUCCAAAGAAAAAAACGAAGCCGACGAAAAUGAGUCCCAGCUGUCGCUGAAAAGCGAAAAAGAAGAUGAGCCUGAAGAGUCCCAAGAGCUCGUAAAAGAAGAGCUCAUGAACUCUAUAAUUGACCUCAUGGAAGGCCAAAGAGGACUGAGAAACGAAAACGCAGAUCUAGAAAAACGAGUCAUCGGAAUUCGGCAAAAAAUGGGAGGACUCCAAGAAAAAACGACUGACUCCCCCCCCCCCUCCCUCCGUGAGCGAACAAAAAAAUUUUGUUCGCUCACGGAGGGGGGUUAAUUUUUUUUUUUAAAAAAAAUUUAUAUAUAAAUUUUAUAAAAAAUAUUUUUUUCGAAAUUUAAAAAAAAUCCUAAUUUGCAAAAAUUGGGAAGCAAAUAUUAAUUUAAUUUGCAAAAUUUAUGUUUUAAAACGCAAUUUGUUUAAAAUUAAACAGAAUUAGCUCUAGAUUUCAUUAUACUAAUUAUCACUUAUAUAUCAAAAUUUUUUUCCAUUAAAAUUUUUUCUAUUAAAAAAAUUUUUGUUCACUCACGGAGGGUGGGUUUUUGGUCAAAAAAUGGCGAUUUUUCUAAUGGUUUUGUUCGCUCACGGAGGGGGGGGGGGGGGAGUGAGGACUCUAUGACUUUGCAUAAAUAUUUAAAUACGCUGGCAAAUGUGCAUCAAGUUGACUUCAAAAUGCAAGAACUGCAAGACACUUAUAACAACUGGGCUCAAGUGUAUGAGGAAAAUAUCAUAGAGAAGCAAGAGAGGUGCAAAGAAAUACAGAACUAUUUUAGAGAUUUUAAGAGAGAGGUCGCAAAAGGGGCAGAGUUCAGCAGAACUGGAAAGCCGAUAACGAAGAGGACGAUUGAUGAGUGGGAAAACGCGGAGAGUGAAAGGGAUAAAACUCUUCAAGAAGUGAGGAUACAGAAUAUUACUCUGAAAAAUAGGCUUAUGAAGCUGGAAGAACAAAGCAAGGAUAAAGAAAAGUUAGCAGAAGGGCUGCAUCUUAUUGAUUAUGAACAGCUUAAAAUAGAAAACCAAACGCUUAAUGAGAAAAUAGAAGAAAGAAAUGAAGAGCUCCACAAAUUGAGAAAGAAAAUUGAAACUACAGUACAAAUUUUGACUCAUACAAAAGAGAAGCUGAAGUUUAUUUUGGCUGAAAAGUUGGCACUGCAAGGACAACGUGACGAUCUUGCCAAGUCGCUCGAUGCACAAAGGAAAGAGCUCCACAAGCAGAAAUUGGAGCAAGAAGAGGUGAGGUCAGGAUUUAUGAAGCAUAAGCAAGAGACUGGAAUUGUUAAUAGCACUCAACUAAAUACCGACCUUGAAGUGAGAAAGAAGAGGGUGGAGGAGCUAAAGCAUGAUCUUCAAGCACUUGAAAAAGAUUUCCAACAUAUGCAAUCAAUAAUAGCUAAAGCUGCUUCUUAA